AUGUAUGUCUCCAUCCUGGAUUCUUACGUCAAGUGUCUUAAGGCUAAAGAGGCUAUUGUUGAAGCGACGAUUUUGGUGUCUCCAGAAAUUAGUGAGUCUACUAGACUUGAUAAUUGGCUUGGUAGCCGAGAAGCAGUGGUCGAGACUGCUGGUGGUGCCUUCAAUUUGCCUUCUCGAGUGAUCUACAGCGCCGAAGCCGAUGAGCUGACAGCUGGGUACUGUGCUCGGAGUAAGCACGUCGAAGACGACAAUAAAUUUCCUACCAACUUUACUAUUCCUUGGUGCACUUCCAACUCGAUGGACCAGGUGGCAGCUGCUUCUCGCAUCCAAGUGAGUUAUACAAAUUGA